AUGAGUCUCGUCAUUGAUUAUCAAUUAAGCGAAUUAAUCAAAACCACUUCCUAUGCCAUCAAUCAAAUCUUGUUUCAAUUACCUGAUUUAGAUUUAUACAAUGACAAGAGUUGGGUAAAACUCUUUGCUAAUUUACAACGAUUGUACUUGCGCAAAUUACCUAUUCAAAUUUCCUAUUUUGCAAGAUUUGAUCAAAGUUUUGUUGGAGCUGAACAAACUUAUGCGCGACGUUUGGAACGAGCAAAUAAUUUGACAAAUGACUUGUCACGCAAUUUGUACGAUUAUCGAAUGAUUCAGGAUUUGGAUCAUGUUUUUGAUGACAAUAAUUUAUUGUGUCAUGAAAUUGCAACGUUGGAUAUGAAAUCUCGACCUUGGUAUCAACAAUUUGUGAAUUUGACAAAUCCGAAAAUUAUGUGGAGUCCAUUCUUUUUUUCCACAAAUGGAAUUCCAUCCAUUACAGCGAGUAUUCCAAUUUAUAUUGCAAAUGAAACAUCGAGUCUUCUCUCAAAGAAUAUAUUAACCAAUAGUGUGAAAUGGAAUGCGAACGCUCCAAGAACACCCGAACAUUUAUUUGGAGUGAUUGGAAUUCAAUUGAAUGUCAAAAAUAUUUCUGACAUUUUGACAGAAUCUGCCCUUCGAGCAGGAGUCGCAGCUUCCUUCAUUCUCAAUUCAGAAGGGCAGGUUGUGGCAGCCACCAAGUUAUUACGUAACAACUCACAAUUGUCUCAAGAAACAAGUGACAUCCUAUCCAGUGAGGACCUCAUCGAUCAACUUGUCAAUGAAACCCUUUCAAGAGGUUUUUUACAACAAAUUCGUGAUUGGAGAAAUAAUCAUUUCAACUCUUCAAAUACUCAAGAAGGAUUGAAAGGAAUUGCCGUUCAACAAUCAGGAAGUUUUGUCUUUCAAAUUUCUUCCAUUCAUUUCGAUGUGGUGUUAUUUACCAUGACAGAUCCAUAUGGACUUAAUUGGGGAUCUGUGAUUGCAAUUCCAAAACGAUGGUUCGCACAAGAAGUGGUUCAGACUAGUAUUUCUUCUGUGGUGGUUUUUGUUGUGGUGUUGUUUUUGGGACUCAUUCUAUUAAUGACAGUGGUUCAAUGGAUUCAAAUGGCUUUGAGAGGAAUCAAGAGACAAUUGAAAGAAUUGGUGAAAUUCAGUGUGAAAAGUGAGAAACAAGAGGAUUGGAAAUCGUCAUUUUCCUUGUUGUAUGACAUUCGACAAAUGCAACAAUGUUUGAACAUGAUGAGAUUUGGUUUAAGAAUUUUCUCAAAAUAUAUUCCAGAAUUAGUGGUUCAACAUUGGUUUGGACACGUCGACAACAACAAAAUGGUCACAUCACCACACAUGUAUGGAUCGGCUAUGAUUCUCAAUAUUCAUGGAUUUACAUUAUUAGCAGAAAAAACUAAUCGAGUGAAUUUCAUUUCUCAAAGUACAGAUCUCUUUUCAGAAAUUUAUGAAAUUAUUGAUCGAAAUAAGGGAAUGAUUGACAAACAUUUGGGAAAUCGACUAGUUGUGGUCUGGAAUGAAGCAAAUAACAGCAGUAUGCAUCAAGAAUUGGCCUGUCGGACAGCUAUUCAAAUUCGUGAACGCAUGCAAUUUCUCAACUCUAAAUGGAAAACACUCAAUUAUCCAAAUGUGGCAUUUACAUGUUCUGUGAAUAGUGGAGAAUUUCUUUCAGGAAAUAGUAAUAGUCGUGCUCGAGUGAAUUUCACAGUUUUAGGAGAUGCUUUAAAUAUUGCAUCGAGUUUGGAAGAGUUGAAUCAUGCAUUAAGGACACAAAUUCUAAUUGGAGAAACAACCUUUGAAAAAGUCAAAAGUCGAAUGGUGUGUUAUUUUGUGGACAAUUUAACCGUCAAAGAAAGGAACAAACCGAUCAAAGUGUAUUAUUUGGAAACAUGCAUGUCGGAAGCCACUCCAAAUCAACUCGAAAUAGUACAGCAUUUUCAAGAAAUUGAAAAGUGCUUUUCAUCCUCUCACUUUUCUCGAAUCAUUGACAUUUGUGAAAGUAUGAAAUCACAGCAAUUAAUGACUUCACAAAUGGAGGGAAUUGUUGAGUAUUUAAAACAAAGAGCUUUAAAAAAGAUCAAUUAA